CACACUCUCUAUAGCAGCUCCCCAAAUGCUCUAGUAUUACCUAACUGGAUAUUAUCUGUACCUUAUAUUCAACGAAUGCACUCCGAUAAACUAAUGUACAAGUAUUUUUUCCAACAAAACACAGUUCAGAAGACGACAUAAUCUAAGGCCUAAAAGUUUCUAUGGAGAGAGAAAAGAAGGCUGCAAAUCAAAUGAAUCUUUCUGAUGAUACAGAGGAGGGGGGAUCUGUUCAACACCAGUCUCCUGAAAUCAAUGAUGGAACACUGACCUUUGACCCCAGGCAGAAGAUAUACACAGCAGCAUCUUCAGUACACAGCUGUGUUUCUGUCAAGAGUAAUUGGUCUAUUGAACUACCCCCUGAAUUAACUGAUGCAAAAAUGGCCUCUGGCCAUAAUUACAGUGUGAAAUUCAGAAAUCAGUCCAUUUCUGCUCCUGCAAAUGACUGUUACACACAACCAGUGCUGCAGAUUCACCAUCAAGUUGAAGAUGUCUUGCAGAGAGUCAGAAAUGUUCACAAAACCAGCAUGAAGAACAAGUAUGACCAUUUAUUUGAAGGAAUCAACACACAAGAGGAUAAAACUCUCCUGAACAAGAUUUACACACAGCUCUACAUCAUUGAGGGAGAGAGUGAAGGGGUGAAUAAAGAACAUGAGGUUUUACAGAUAGAGAAAACACAACUUUUACAAGACACUCCAAUCAACCUCAAUGACAUAUUCAAUCCCACACCUAAACCAGGAUGUGAGAAGAAGAGAAAAAAGUUUAAAGAAAAAAUAAAGUCAGUGCUUACUAAAGGCAUCGCUGGAAUCGGAAAAACAGUCUCUGUGCAGAAGUUUAUUCUCAGUUGGGCUGAGGGAAAAGCAAAUCAGGAUGUAGAUUUCAUGUUUCUUCUUCCAUUUCGAGAGCUAAACUUGAUCAGAGAUGACCAGAUUAGUCUUCACAAACUACUGCAUGACUUCUACCCUGAACUUCAAGAUCUGGACUCACAGAUAUAUAAUGAGUGCAAAAUUGUGUUAAUCUUUGAUGGUCUGGAUGAAAACAGAAAUCCACUUUGUUUUGCAGGCAUUGAGAGAGUUUGUGAUGUAACUAUGACAUCAUCAGUUGGUGCAUUGAUCUCAAAUCUAAUCAAAGGAGAGUUGCUUCCUUCAGCUCUCAUCUGGAUAACAUCCAGACCAGCAGCAGCCAGUCAGAUCCCCUCUCAGUACAUCAGCCGUGCUACAGAAAUUCAGGGAUUUAAUGAUACACAGAAGGAGAAAUAUUUCAGGAAGAGAAUCAAUGAUGAACAUCAAGCCAACAAAAUCAUCUCACACAUCAGGACAACAAGAAGCCUCCACAUCAUGUGCCACAUACCACUCUUCUGUUGGAUCUCAGCCACUGUGCUUCAAAAAACCCUGGAAACACAUCACGUCGAGGAAAUUCCCAAAACUCUGACUGAAAUGUACAUACACUUUCUACUCAUUCAGUUAACCACAAUCAAUCAGAAAUAUGACAAAAGAUAUCCAAAGAAAGCCUUCCAGUCAGACAGAGAUGUGAUUGAGAAACUUGCCGAACUGGCGUUCAAACAGCUGAUGAAGGGCAAUGUCAUGUUCUAUGAGGAGGACCUGAGAGAGAGUGGCAUAGAUGUCACUGAGGCUUCAGAGUAUUCUGGGAUUUUCACUGAGAUCUUUAAGGAGGAAUGUGUGAUUUAUCAGAGGAAGGUCUACAGCUUUAUACAUCUGAGCUUUCAGGAGUUUCUUGCUGCUUUUUAUUGGUUUUAUUGCUAUGUAUGUAACACUGUGAAUAAGGUGUUUGAUCCACUUACGGUUUUUGAUUCACUGCAUAAUUUACUCAGAGGAGUCAUAGAUGAAGCCCUAAUGAAUGAAAGUGGACACUUGGACCUUUUCCUCCGAUUCUUGUUGGGCAUCUCACUGGAGUCCAAUCAGAGACUCCUGCAGGAUCUACUGACCUGCACAGAGAACAACACAGAGAGCAUCAAGAAAACAACUAAUUACAUUAAAGACAUAAUCAAAGAAGACCAUGACAGACUCUCGGCUGGAAGAUCCAUUAAUCUCUUUCUCUGUCUGUUUGAACUGAAUGACAACUCUCUGUACAAUGAGAUCAUGGAGUUUGUGAAAUCAGAGAAACUCUCAGAGAAGAAACUCUCUGCGUCACACUGCUCAGCAAUAGCCUACAUGCUUCAGAUGUCAGAGGAGGUGGAUGAGCUGGACCUGAAGAAAUACAGUGCAUCUGAGGAAGGCAGAAGACGACUGAUACCAGCUGUGAUGAACUGCAGAAAAGUUUUUCUUGCUGAAUGUAAUCUCAAUGAUCAGUCUACUAAAACAGUGGCUUCAGCUCUAAUGUCAGAAAACUCUCCCCUGAAAGAGCUGGAUCUGAGUAACAAUGACCUACAGGAUUCAGGAGUGAAGCUGCUUUCUGAUGGACUGAAGAAUACAAACUGUCAACUGGAAAUACUGAGGUUAUCUGGCUGUAUGGUGACAGAGACAGGUUGUUUUUAUCUGGCUUCAGCUCUGAGAUCAAACCCUUCACACCUGAGAGAACUGGAUCUUAGCUACAAUUACCCAGGAGGCUCAGGAGAGAAGCUUUCUGAUCUACUGGGAGAUUCAAGCUUCAAACUGGAGAAACUAUAUCUGGACCAUAAUGAACCCUUCAGAAUAAGAUCAGGACUAAAAAAAUAUGCCUGUGAUCUCACACUGAAUGAAAACACAGCACACACUCUUCUCAUUCUGUCUGAGGACGGCAAAAAAGUAACAUGGACGAAAUCUAAACAGCCAUAUCCUGAUCAUCCAGAGCGAUUUACUCAUCCGCAGCAGAUUCUGUGUAGAGAGAGUAUGUCUGAACGCUGUUACUGGGAGGUUGAAUUGAAAGGAUGGGCACAUAUAGCUAUGACAUAUAAAGUAAUCAACAGGAAAGGAGAGACUGACUUGCACUUUGGAAUCAAUGAAAAAUCCUGGAGUUUGUACAGCUGUGACACAAUCUAUACUGUCUGGCACAACAAUAAGAGAACAAACAUAUCUGUCCCUUCAGCCUCCUCUAACAGAGUGGGAGUGUAUCUGGACUGGAAGGGUGGCUCUUUGUCCUUCUACAGCAUCUCUGACACACAGUCUCUCACACACAUUCACACAUUUCACUCCACAUUCACUGAGCCCCUUUAUGCAGGAUUUAGACUUUAUCCUGAUUGUUCAGUGUCUCUGUGUCAGAUUUUACAGAGUUAAAAUAACCGUCUUUCAUCCUUUUCCUUUAAUGCACAGUUUUACACACACACACACACACACACACACACACACACACACACACACACGUUGGUGCAGCUAUCCUUAUGAGGACUCUCCAUAGACAUAAUGACUUUUAUACUGUACAAACUAUAGAUUCUAUCCUCUAAACCUAACACAACCCCUAAACCUAACCCUCACAGAAAACUUUCUGCAUUUUUACAUUUUCAAUAAAACAUUGUUUAGUAUGAUUUAUAAGCGAUUUGAAUUAUGGGGACAAUAGAAAUGUCCUCAUAAACCACAUUUAUAGCAUAAUACCCUUGUAAUUACUAAUUUGUAACCUAAAAAAAUGUUCUCAUAAACCACAUAAACAAGCCCACACACACACACACACACACACACACACACACACACACACACACACACACACACACACACACACACACACACACACACACACACA